CCAUGACACUCGCACUGAUUAAUAUCGACUCCUCAAACCCAAAAAAACACGGAAUAUCGAUUCAUUUAACGCGCGCGACCGCCUGCGACUAAUCUCCGGUUAGUUGUUUUUUUGUGGCUCGCAGUCACGAUGUAAAGGUAAUUGUUAACUGACGGGAGCGAUCGACGAUGCACGUUACUCCGGGAAUAACGUGAAUAAUCAACCGGGUUGUCAUAAUAAUAAUGAUGUCGGUGGUAAUUGAGUUUAAGGCGACUCCUCAUGUCGAGGAGUUGUGAAGUUCAGUUGAAUUUUUUGCGUUUGUUGGUGGGGGAGAUUGUUCAGAAUUUUUGGCCAUUGCGGAUUAUUGAUUGAGUAUUUAAUUUUGAGAUGUUGGAGCCAACAGUGCAGGCAAUAUUGAGCAGUAGAGUAGUUUUGGCAAGUGGAUCGCCGAGACGUCAAGAGAUAAUUAAAAAUUUGGGGAUAAACGCCGAAUGCAUCCCCUCAACUUACGACGAGAAUCUCGAUCGAAAGAAGUACAAAAGUCACGGAGAAUACGUCCAGGACCUAGCGUACUUCAAAGUCCAGGAGGUGUUCCAAAGACUGAAAAAUGAUCAGAGGCCCCCGGAGUUGAUCAUCGGGGCGGACACGAUCGUCACCAUGGGGGAGACCAUCUACGGGAAACCGAAGGACAAAGCCGAUGCAUUUAGAAUACUGAAUAAUUUGAAAAACAAAGAGCACGAGGUUUUCUCAGGAGUUUGUUUGAAAACCAGAAACAAAGAAGUUAAAUUCUUCGAGAGCGCGAAAGUCACCUUCGGAGACAUCUCUGAGGAGCAGAUCAGGGCCUAUGUAGCCACCGGUGAACCAAUGGACAAAGCAGGUGGCUACGGGAUUCAGGGGAUAGGAGGCUGUCUGAUAAAGAAAAUCAACGGUGAUUAUUACACAGUAAUGGGAAUGCCACUUUAUUCCUUCAUAAAACAUCUGAAUCAACUGUAUUCUGAUAAUUAACGAAAUCGAUUUUAAAUUUUUUAAAUUAAAAAAAAUCGGGUAUCUCCCAAUUGUUAAUAAUUGUAUUGGAGGGGAUGGAAUCUUCGAAGAGCUGGGGAAAUUUCCGAUCCAGUUCACUGGUCAUAAGAUUUUUUUUAUUAGUAAUCUCCAAAAAUAUUCAUUAAACAAAUUUUUUAUUCUAAAACAGUUUUUAAACGGUUGUUGACGAUCCAUUGGGGCAAAAUGCAUUUUUGUGUAGUGAACUGAAUCGGAAAUAUUCCCGGCUGUCCAAUGAGACCAUUCUCAACGCUCAACCCCUCCCGAUUCUCGAGCUGUUCACAAAAAACGUAAAUUCUCGAUGGAAAAAAAUCACUAAAAUUCGCUAGCGGGCGAUAUCUCCCUCGGAGCUGUGAACAUUUCAAAAAAAUGUCGCAACUGAUCUGUCGACACCCUUUAUUCCAUUACAAUCCACUCACAAUUACAACAACUCGCAAAGAAGCGAAAGAAAUUUAUAAAAAACGAGAGAAAUUAAAUUUCAAUGGAGUAGAAUCAACGAAGUGGUAAAACGAUAAAUCAAGGUGAAUGUUGUUUGUUAAUUGUGUUUAUCUCAUGAACGAGUGGGUUUAAGAGAAAAUGUCAAGAUACUUUUUUUGUUGUUAAUUAAAUUUCCGACAAAAAAUAUUUUCUAAAUUUUUUCGUAAAUUCAUUCAUUUAGGAGAUAAUAUCUUUUAAAAGGAUGCAAAAAAUGGAGCAAGAUUCAUUAUUUUUAGUAAUGAAGCGGUCUCGGUAAUGAGUGAUCCUGAGAAUGAAUAUUCCUAAAUAUUUUCUUCGAAACAAUCGAAUUUUCGAGACUUAAACUGCAAGAAUUUUUGAAGCCACUGAUAAUUAUUAGAUAUUUACAUAUUUAACGAGAUAAAAAGAAAUAAUUAAUUAAAAUUGACGUUUUCGACAUCUCAAUUUAUAAUUAAUCAAUUUGAAACGAUCUAAUAAAUGAAAUUAUCUGUAGAGAAUCAAAUUUUCAACAAAAAAAGUCUCUAAAGCCUCUCAUUAUCAAGAUAAUCUCACUUUUAACAAGAUGACAAAAAAUAACUGAAAAUUGAAGUUCUUGUUCAAGCAAUUAUGAAUUCAUUUCUAUAACAAGUAAUUUAAAAGGAAACGUGACGAGAAUUUAUUUUCUCACAAAAAAUAUCUUUUGAAAUGUCCUAAAGACACUGACAAUUCCUAGAUAAUAACAAAUUCAUCAAAAGACCAGAAAUAAUCAAUCCAAAGUGACAUUUUCGAUUUAUCAAUUUCCAUUAAUUCAAAAUUAUCUCACUACCGAUUGAUUUCAGUACAGAAACAUUUAAAAAAAUUGAAUGCCCAACAAAAAAAUCCCCCAUCAUUCCCCCUAGUCCCACUCACCCCCAAGACCCUCCAUCUUCAUCAAAAUAGUUCAAAAACAAACUAUUUCCUUCUGUUCUACCACUUCCCUAUCAAAACCAUUUCCACUCAACAGCAGAAUAAAAAAAAUAUAUUACUAUAUUACUCAAUAUUAAUUGACAAUGAAUAUUAUGCCGAGGAAACCACUGUAAAUCAUCUCAACUAAUCUCCAAAAUUCGCGAAAAAAACACUGAGAGGAAAAAAACGAAGAAAAUACGAGUAAAAAAUUCGAUUAAUCCCAGUAAAUCACCUAAUAAUCAAUCAAUAAAUUAAUUCGCCUUCUUCUCUUGA